AUGGCGUCCACGCCCUCCGCCCCCGCCUCCGCCGUCAAGGCCGCCGCGGUCCUUCCCGUCCCGCCGCCGCCGUCCGCCGUGGCACUGGUGUCAGUAGUGGCGCGGCGCGGCGCACCGGUACCGGCGGCCCUGCGCGCCCUGCAGGGCGGGAAGAACGCGCGGCGCGGCGCGGAGCUGGUGGCGUCCGCCGCGCUCGAUGACCUGCGCUCGGCCAUCGACGCCGACCUCCGUGCCUACAUCGAGUCCCAGAUCGUCACCUCUGACCAGGUGGUCACGCCGGAGCAGCGCCUCGCGGAGGUCGAUGCAUUCUUCGCCGCGCAGCAGUACUCUGGCCUGCCCGUGGUCGACGAGGACGGCAGGUGCAUUGGGGUGAUCUCCAGGAAGGACAAGGCCAAGGCGCCCAAUGGGAUGGAGUCAACUGUAGGUGAAGUCAUGUCAUCUCCUGCGAUAACGCUGACACUGUAUAGGACUGUCUUGGAGGCUGCAGCGCUAAUGCUUACGGAGAAGGUUCACAGGAUACCUGUUGUGAAUGAGCAGCAGCACGUGAUCGGAAUUGUGACUCGCUCGGACGUAUUCCAGACUCUUGAGCCCAACAACAAAGCAUGA